AUGUCCACAAGCGCCCCUCCACCGCGCGAGCUCACACCCCUCGCAACCCUCCAUCCCCCCAGCACAAGCCGCACAUGGAUGACGUCCCCGCACCCGCAGCUCCCCAUGGUCGCGACCGCCUGUUCGGAUAAGACCGUCCGCAUCUACUCCCUCACCUCCUUCACACUGCUCUCCGUCGUCUCCGGCGGCCACAAGCGCUCGAUCCGCAGCGUGGCCUGGAAACCCGGCACGCGAGGAGAGUCUGUGCUCGCGACGGGAAGCUUCGACGCGUCGGCGGGGAUAUGGCGGAAGUACGAGAGGAACGCCGGGGCCGAGGGAGGGGUGGUGCGAGACGAAGAGGAUUAUACUGAUGGGAAGGGAGAGGAUGGGGAAGAUGGCGAUGCAGAUGGCGAUGAAGACUACACCUUCAGUGUCCUGCUCGACGGCCACGAGUCGGAGAUCAAAUCCCUCGCCUUCUCGCCCGGAGGAAACCUCCUCGCGACCUGCAGCCGCGACAAGAGCGUCUGGAUCUGGGAGGAGCUGGAAGACGACAACUUUGAGACGGUGGCUGUGCUCCAGGAGCAUGAGGGGGAUGUCAAGUGCGUGGCUUGGCACCCUAAUGAGGAGCUGCUCGCCAGCGCCAGCUAUGAUGACACGGUGAGGCUGUGGCGCGAGGAUCUGGAUGAUUGGGGACAGUGCGCGCUGCUUAGUGGGCAUGGGGGCACGGUGUGGUGGGUCGAGUUUGAGGGGGCGGAUAUGUUGGGGGCGGGCGGGAUGUUCGCGGGAGAAGGGCUGAGGGAGGGGCAGAGGGCGUUGUUGGAGGAGAGAGAGAGGGCGGGGCCGAGGCUGGUGUCUUGUUCAGAUGAUUUGACUAUUAGGAUCUGGAGAAGGAUACCGAAGGCGAGGGGUGAGAGUUCUAGGGGACCGAAUGGUGUCCCGAGCAUAUUGCGCACUAGCAGCAUUGAGGAGGAGUGGGUGGAGGAAUCGCAGCUGCCGAAAGCGCAUGGAAGAGCGAUUUACACGGCCGCGUGGAGUAAGAAGACAGGGCUUAUUGCGAGCACAGGCAGCGAUGGCAAGAUCGUGGUCUAUCAGGAACGCUGGAAAAGUGGUACAUCAGACACGGGGGGCCCGUCCGCAACGAGCGAAGUCAACGGAGAAGCCAUGGAUACGACAGACGGGACACCACUUACACCGGAGGAGAGCUGGAAAGACAAACCGCUGACCGAAUGGGUUGUCGUAGCCGAGAUCGAAGGGGCACAUGGUGUCUUUGAAGUCAACCACGUGUGCUGGGCUCGGAGGUGUGACAAAGGUAAGCGGAGCAGUGGAGAAGAGGUUAUCGUCAGCACCGGGGAUGAUGGCGAGGUCAAGGUCUGGACGCUUAAUGGAUGA